AUCACCCCUUGUCUGCUGUCCGCGACUGCUUAAUCAAUACAUUUGCAGCUACCCUCCAUAUCUCGAGGCCGUCUUCUUCCGCAAUCUGAGGACGCGCCAUAUUAGUCAACUGCAGUACCUGACAGAAAAUGGAAACAGUUGAACAGGCUGUAUAAAAUCUUGUAUAGGUCAAUGUUUGUGUAAAUUAGUCUUGGACAACCCAUAGCUCAAGUGCGCUCUUCCAUUUCCUGAGAUAUACAAAAUACAGAAUAUUCAAGAAAAGCGUUAAAAAGAGAAAAAUUCGUUUAUGGAAAAGUAUUUUACAGAAGUGGCCUCACAGUUCAGUUGCACAUGUUACUUGCUUUUGAAACUCCAGCUUAUAUCAUUACAACAUGAAAUCGGAAAAGGAUUGUUAAUACGUAUUAUUCGAAUUAUUCGUAAGGGUUUAAAUUGUUAUAUUAAUUCACUAACGCACAAUGUGAUUUUGCAACACUACAUUCAUUUAUUAUGCAAUAAAUUCUGGGAAGAGCUAUUCGCCUACUUUCCUUUUUCUGCGACACGGAUCGCAUAGAAAUCGACGCCUCCAAUAGUUCUUUGUUGCAGCUGGAACGUGUCUACCGAACGCAGCGGUACACUUAACGUAGACGUUGCGUUCCAACGAUGGGCGAGACAUACGACGAUAGACGCACAAACUGAUGGGCUGAACUCGAAGUUAAUUAGUUUGCGCCGAGCGUCGUGUUAUAUGAACGGAUGUUAAAUUUGGAAGAAAAUAACUUCCUCAUUGUUCAGUUGCGUGCUUUUGUAGUGUAUAUAUUUUAUGUAUAUAUCUAUCUAUACAAUAAAAUUGCAAUGGUGAUGGUUGAAAUUAUGAUUACGCACAUGGUAAUGCUACGGCAGCAUACAUUCGUAUUGACUACGUUGACUACGGCCAUUUAAUAGCAAUCGACUUGCAUUUGAAUAUAGAUGGCAGCGUUAAUUCGUCGUCACGAUGAUGACGUUGGCAACCAAUAAUAUUGAGAUGCACAUUGCUACGUAGUGUCUGAAUGGGUGAAGGGUUUAGGUUAUUUACGUUCUGGUUUUUAGUUUCUAGUUUUUAGGUUUGUUAUUACUAUUGGCGCCUAGUUGGGAAGAGAAGCCUGUAAUGAUCACCAGUAAAUGAAAGAAGUAGAACUUGUAGGAAAGUCGGGACCAUUUAUGUGUUUUGAAAUAGGGCGUCUUUGUUGAGGGAAGGGGUUGCUCUUUUUGUGACUCCUAUGAGCAAAGAAGUAAUUUGCUGCUGAUCUUGACCAGCUAUAUAAUGAGGGUGGUGCACCUACAUACUGUCUGAUGUGGGUACCUGCUUAAUAUAUCUCAAGAAAUGGCCUGCCUGCUGCUACUUUAAGCAUUCAGCCUGUUGUUGUGUUGUGAGGGACUCGGAGAGAAUUUUUAUUCUCAUAUGGAGUCUGGAAGUAACACUGAUGAAGACAAUGAUUAUGAGACACAUUUAUAUAGCUUGUUGCAUCAUUCUGGGGAGAAUCUAACAGAAGAAAUGGAUCUGUUGCCAGGCACACCAUCAUCUAAGAGAGUGUAUGUAGAAGAGAGCAAUUCAUCUGAUGUGACACCUUUUUACGAGAGUAAAAGAAGUAAAGCAUUUCGUUUGAAUAUGGUUAACAGCCUUAUUGCUGUUUCUGAUGUACCACCACAUAAUGUCAAAAUGGGUGCAUCAAGCAAUAAUGUAAAAGACAAAGGAGUGAUAGAACCAGGACAAAAACAGAAAAUUCAGACUAACUAUUACAAUUUACUUCGUGCUUAUAAGGAAGCCACGUCGAACUGUAUGCAGUCAGCAGCAGCUGAGAAACUGAAUCUUAAAAAUACAAACCCAGAAUACAGAUAUAGAAAAAAAGUACAGAAGGAAAAAGUAUUUUCUAAUGUGUUAAAUGCUGAAGACCUGAACUUUGCAAACACAAGCAAUUCUGUCAUUAGGGAAUCGUCAGGUCAGAGAAGAAACACAGUUACAGUUUCUAGUUCUUCCUGUCAGGAUAAUGUUGCUACAGGUGUUGCUGACACUUAUCACACUUCUGUACACAGAACUACAUCUACUUAUGUCACUGCUUGCACUAAUAAUGGUAAUCAUAAUAGUUACACACACAUUGAAAAUAAACAUUCAAAAUCUCCAAAAUCUAAUUGUGAGAAAGUGUUCGGUGAUGAUGUAGGUGCAGACAGAAACAAAAGUAAGAAUGCUGAUAUAAGAAUCGAGAUGAGAGGUGAAGAGAACAGACAUGAGCAUUUAGAAGGUGAAUAUUCAUUGUCAAAGUAUAAUGUAUGUUUGAAUAAGGAUAAAGAAAAUGUCAAGGAGGAGUCUGUAAUUGUUGUAGAUAGUAGUGAUAGUGAGUCUGUGGUGGAAGUGGACCCUCCAUUACAUGAACCACCGGCUGUCAUAUCUCUCAGUUCAGAUGAGGAAAUGGGGAAAAAUAUGACAGCCCAGGAGAAACUGAAUAGUACCUCAGCUGAGAAUGACAUUGUUGUGCUCUUUACUGGUGGCAAGAGUAGUGAGGAUAAGGUAUUGCCUGCUGUUUCUGUUGAUAAUAUGCAUAAUGAAAGCUUGGAGAGUAUAAGAAGUUGUGCCAGUACGCUAGUGAUUGGCAAGUCCACUACAGGUAAAGAUUCACAAGGAAAGAGAAGUAAGAAGAAGAAACAGAAAAGAAGAGUCAAGAGUGGGAAAAAUCAGAGAAAACUUUUAAAUUUAGUGUAUCAAAGUCCAGGGUCCUGGUCUAAAGACAUGUCACAUUUCUACAAUGAUUCUUGGGGAGGGGAGACCUUUGACGUUCGUCAGUUGCAGAAGUCUAUGCCAGAUAAUCCCAGCAGUUGGUUUGUAUCAUAUGAUGACAUUGUUUCCCGACCAAGAAGAAAAGAUUCCUAUAGCCGCAAGAAAUGUACAAACUGUAAUACUUGGGGACAUGAUACCAAUUCUUGUCCUGUUCCACGAAAAUCUGUAGUGUGUAUUUUCUGUGGGAAGAUGGGACAUUCUAAAUUUAGAUGCCCAACACCAAUCUGCCUCCAUUGUGGUAAUCCAUCUGCAGCAUAUAAAGAUGGCUGUUCAAAGUGUUUAUUCUCAAAGACUUCAUAUCAACCAUGCAGUGUGUGUAAGAAUGUUGGUCAUCAUCCUGCUGAGUGUUCAGAAGUAUGGCGAAGGUACCAUUCAUUGACUACCAGUGAAGACUUGAGUGCUGUCCCUUCAAGAACACUUUACAAGCCACAAGAAGAAAAGUUCUGUUCUAACUGUGCCGCAAGAGGCCACCACUUUAAUGAAUGUAGAUCAUUUGCAGAGAACUCUCGCACAUUAUCACAUAACUUAUUAAAACGCAGAAGCAGUUCUCAGAAACAACAUAGAAUUCCUUCCAAGAGGAGAAAGUGUGAGAGAGAUUCUGCGAACAUGUCUUUAUUGAAUUUAUUUUCCCGAUCAUAUUAUUAUGAUUCGUUUUAGCAAAUAAGUCAGCCUGAAGUAAUACGUGUACACGGUUCCGUACAGUGUGAACAUGUAUUGUAUGAGCUGAGAGAGUAUACUGUGUAAGUCUAAGUACAGAAAAUGUAUUUAUUGUAUGCAACGUUCUGAACAGAAGAUAUAUUAUAUUUACUUUAAUACUUAAAUUUUAUUUUAUAUGAUUUAACUUCAUGGAUUCAUUCAUAAAUAAACUUGUCUUUUGAAGAUUUGCCUAGUGACCUGAACAAAUUUAAAUUUUGUUGUAACAUUUUCCUUGUUUCUAAUGCUUCUGUGUCUAGAACUAAGUAUCAGUCAGAAAUUGCUAUAUUUACAUGAGUCCAUAACCGUUUUCUGCUGGUUUCAGCCGAAUAAUAACAUAAUAUAAAUUCACAUUUAAUAAAUUUGAAUGUUGAUAUUUGAUUCUGGCAUUUGUAUUAGAAAUUUAUCAUCUUUGUUGUUUCUUGACAAAUAUAAAUUGUACAAAUUUUUAUUUCCUUGGUACCUCCUUAACAGGAGUGAAAUAAAAAUCCUAUGUAUUUGAGUUGUUCAUUCAAGUAAGACAUUGCUGAGCCUUCAUAGAAACAUUGACUCAGAUGGUACUGUAAUUAUGUAUUUGAUAAUAUAUUCAAUUCAAU